UAUGUCAUUCAGACUUGUGGCCCUGCUCACACUCCUGUGCAAGGACGGCAUCCACGGCAAAGCUAUCAACUCUUUCGCGGGCCCUUACACAGCUUACAUUGAGCGCUUUUACACGUGUGAAAACAACGUGGCAAUGGCGUGGAGAGUUUAUUUUCGGACCAGUCACUUCAACCCACAAAAACCAAGAGAAUUACAACGCCUGACCGGUAAUGUAACUGGUGUGAAUGUAACCUUGGAUGAUAGCCUCUGGUGUAAAGUUUAUUUUGAUGUUUGGGCACAAAACCAAUGGAAGGAAAACGCCUUUGUCUUCAAGUUUCAAGAUAAGGCGUGUACAAUGUUAAGAGUUCUCACCCCUGACUAUUACGAGAAAAUUUUAAAUCAGAGUGCUAGUGCAGAGAGCGCAUGCAUAAUAAAACCUGGAAUUUACGUGGUCUAUAACACCCCAGUGAAAUGGGAAUUUCCUAAAAUCCCAAUCAUGCCAUAUGGACGCUAUAAGGCCAAAAUAUUCUCUGGCAAGGGAAAAAAACAAUUGGUAUGGAGAUUCCGCCCGUGCCUUCCCUGCU